AUGAUGUCUUCUGUUCCUCUUCCACCUUCGCAGGCUGCGUGCGGCCGAACUAGGUGUGGAACGUCCGCCGCCUUGUUUGGCUCAAAGUCUUCCGCGUUCGAUCCGGAAGACACGUCCUCGGUGGCCAGAACUGCGGCCCAGUGGCAGCUUCAUGCUCGCUCAGCCAUUUUCCCCGCUUCGGUCUCUCCGAUUCCGUCUCAAACUCCACGUAUUUUGACUCCUGGCUCCUCUUUUUGCGUUCCCUUCGGUGUCGCGCCUCUCCGGGGCAGCCCCCAGCCCUCCCGCCCACGGGGUGCUUGCCUCCUUUCGACGCCUCCGCCUCUCACUUUCCGCUCCCUCGUUAUUCUUUUUUCUGCUCUGUGCCUGCGGGGGUCGCUUGGAUUCACCUUCUUCGAGGGAAGCGCUCCACUCGGGCAGGGGGCUGAGCCAGGCGACCGGCACCGCUCUCUCGUCUACGCGGGCGCAUCGGCGCCCGCAGAUCCGGCCCUGCAGCCGCCAAGGGGAAACGGGACCCCGUAUGACCCGCUAGAUCCCCUGGGAAGCAAUGGAAGAGACCCAGGCGGCGCGGGCGUUGUCGCCUCUAGUGCCGGCGGCGCGCGCGCCCUCGAGGCAGCGCCCUCGAGUGACGUGAAAGCGACCCCCGGUGCACCUGACAGCGCCCGCCCGAUAUUUUUGCAUGAACCAGGGCCUUGGCAGGUUCGUUCCAUGCCUCCCGCUCCUUCCUCGUCGGCGGAACCGCAGAUUCCUUCUGCCUCUACCACUGUUUCUCUCUCUUCUCAGUCGCCGCAGAUGCGCCCGCGACCUCUCGCGCCAGUGCAUACUUUGCAUCCGUCCUCCACUGCCGGCGUGUCUGCGUUGUCUUCCUCUGCAGCCUUGUCUGUGGAGCGCCCCUUCCGCGCCAGCGUCUCGCCGCCUUUCUCGCCGUCGUUUGAGUCUCCAUGCGAGUUUUCCUCUUCGGCCGCGGCGCUCUCCUUCGUCGAGUCUGAGGCGGCGCUUCGAGGCCAUCAGUCCGUGCCUCGCGUGUGCGCAUUUGCGCGCUGCAAGUCGGGGGGCUUCACGCCGCGGCCGGUCAACGACCCGAACAAGUGUUUCACCUUCUCAGAGUGCUCACAGUGCCCGCUGCAUUCCGAGAAUCAAGAAAGCCUCUGCGUCCAAGUGGAGGACCGCAAGGGCCUGCUGCUGUUGAUGAAGUCCGCGCUCACAUUCUCGCCGAGUCCCUCUGCACCAUUCCAUUACAAGCCGAUCAGCGCCAAGGAAAUCGAGCGCCUGAACUCCUCGCGGAAUAGGCCGACGGGGGGGCCUCGGGGGGGCGGAGGAGACGCGGAUGGCGACGCAGACGACGACUUUGGAGGCGGAGACACGGAUGGAGACGCAGACGACGACUUUGGAGGCGGAGACACGGAUGGCUACGAAGGAUCCGCCAGAGGAUCGCGGGGCGGCGGCUUCGACAGAGGAGAGUACAACGGCGACGGCGAGGGAUACGACGAGUGGAGCAGCGGGAACCAUACUUUUUUGCAGAUGCAAGCUCGGGAAAAACGGCCCGCGCGCACCAGCAAAACAGGAGAGGCCCUUCGCAGCAGCCAUGAGGGAGAAAUAUCCAUGCAGCAACCCUCCUCCUUCCUACAAGAGGAUCGCGAGGGCGAGGCGUCUGGGGACCCUGAGCAACGAAACGGUGCAGGCCCCGCGGUCGGGCGGACCGCGGGCUUGCGGAGCGGCCGCCAGACAGAGCCAGUCGAAGCGAAGGAGGAAUCCAUGGGCAAUUCGGCGCCUCUGAGUGCUGCGGCAGCGCCUCCUUUCGCGCCCCCAGCUGGUGCAACGUCUUCUCGGCUUUCGGCCGACGCGUCGCCGACCUCUUUUCUGAGGUUGGGUGAGAGGGCGUGGAGCGACGAGUACGGCGAUCCGGGAGACGACAGCGGGGACUACGACCAGGCGUCGAUGGUUGGCGACUACGGCGAGGACGACGAAGACGAUGGCGGGGGCAGUGCCCACUCGGCCGAUGGCGGCGGGGCGGAGGCGGGGCACGGAGGCGGAGUUCGCGUGAAUGCUGGGAAAGCGAUUUUUCUAAAGUUUGACGAAAGCCGCGUGUUUCGCAUCGUCCCCUCCGCACUUCUGGGCGACGUCGGGCGCUGCGCAACCGACAGCAAGAACUACAUGCGCCUGCAGGUCGUGGUGCUGAUGCAGCCGCGGCGCUUCCGCAUGUCCGUGCCGCAGGCCAAGAAAAUGAUGGGGCUGAAGGCUCCGAGGCCCGCGCCUCCGCCUCCGGGCCGCGACGAGGAGUUUGCGGACGAGAUGGGGCGGGGCGGAGCAGAGGACGACAGAUACGACGACGGCUACGACCGAGACAGCUUUCGAGGAGGCAGCUUCAUACAGCUCGCGCAGCGCGGGGCGGGAGACGCGGAGCGUGCGGAAGCCGAGGACACAGGAGAGGGCAAGCGCCUGCGUGAGGCUGCGGCCGGAGAGGCGGAGACAGGAGAAGUCUUCGAGAACGAGUUCUUUAUUCUGCCUGACAGCGAGGAUUCCCCCGCUGAGGAGAGGAGUGCCGACGACGCCCGCAACGGAGGCGAGCUCGAACACGCUCACGCGUUUGCAGAAGAGGCGCUGGACUUGACGACGCCCGCGGCGAGUCUCGAUCUUCAUGGUGGCGUCGCUGGCGCAGGGUUGUCUUUCCUGCAGGGGAAAGGCUACGAUGACGACGACUACGGCGACGACGGAGGGGACUACGGUGAGGAGGCGGGAGGCGGCAAGGGCGUGGGAGCCAAGAUGAAGCAGUUCUUCGGCGGUUUGUUCAAGCGAAAGAAGAGCGAGGGCGAAGAAGAGAAGGAGGACAAAGACAUCCGCGACGAGGAAUACGACGACGAGGACAACCCGCCAGACCACGAGGGCGAGCCUGCCCCGAAGCAGAAGGCUGGCAAGCGAGGCCCCCGUAUCCUCAGCAGCAUGGCAAAGCUGUUUCAGGGCAAGAGUCCAGAGGAGAAGAAGUACUUGAAGGAGACGAAACAAGCGAAGAAGAGGAUCAAGAAAAUCUCGCGAGUCGGCGUCGAGUUUGCCUUCUCGUCGCCUGCUGUGAAAAAAUGCAGCAGGCCGCUGUCAUGGACGGGAAGCUUUCCUGCAACGAAAAUUCUCCACUCAAGCUUCUUCAUCAUGGCGCGGCAAAGCGAAGUCGGAGCGAAGCUCGCAGCUUUCAUCAACACCGGCUUCACGGUCACCCUCAAAUGCAAAUCAAAGGGAGGCUGCAUGAUGAAUGAAGUACCUCUCUCGUGCGCCACGGUUACGUGCGUGAAAGCUAAGCACAUCUCGAAGGAGGCGCUGGAGGAGGAGAAGAAGCGCGCGUCGAACCUCGCAGAUCACAACUUGAAGAUGGCGCAGCAGGCGGGCGCCGCCAUGAGCGAGGAGGAACGGGCAGAGCGCGCAGCCGAGUACGCGCGCAAGAUCAAAGAAAAACAGCAGGAAAUCGAGACGGGGCAACUCAGUCAGCAGCAGCUGCUCACUGCCCAGGAGCAGCAGGCGCAGCUGCAGCAGCAGCUCGCGUCGCUGUCGAGCGGAAACGCGCCUCUUGACGCCAACCAAGCGAAGCUGCUCGCCGCGCUUCAGGGCGACGGCGGGUCCCCAGGGGGAUCGAACCUGGGCGUGACGAUGCAGGAGGCGCCGGCUAGCGCGACGAAUGCAAGCGCCAUGCACAUGAUGCAGAAUAUGGUCGCCUUAGACCGCCCGACAGGCUACGGCGGCAGCACGAAAAUGGGUACAGGUGCGAUUCUCGCCCUUGUCAGCCUCUGCGGCCUGGCGGCUGUUUUUGUGGGAGUCGUCACGUGGAGAUGCUUGGGCAACGGCCGCUCGGGGCGACGUCGAGGCCGAGGCAGGAGGUAG